AUGACCAACAGACUUAAAUCAAUUCUCAAAAACAUUAUCUCACCAGAACAACACGUCUUCAUCCUGGGGCGUGAAAUCAUAGAUAGCAUCAUCAUGGCAGCUGAAACCAUCCACUCGAUACAUGCUUCUAAAUUUCAAGUUAACGGCUCUACGUGUGGUUUCUUCAAAGCUUCUAACGGGAUACGACAAGGAGAUCCUUUGUCGCCCUUCCUGUUUGUUCUGAUGGCAGAAAUGUUAGACAAGCAGAUCAAAAAUAAAGUGGAUCAAGGUCUUUGGAAAGGGUUUUCAAUUAGCGAAAGAUUGAGUCCGGUGUCCCAUUCUCAAUUCACAGACGAUACCAUUCUCUUUGGCUAUGCAUCAGAAAGAGAAGCUCUAGUCAUCGGCAGUGUUUUGGAAGCUUACGAAAAGGAAUCAAGUAAGAAAAUGCAGGAGAAAAUAGUCAGAGUACUGCAAUUCGGCCAAGGUGCAUUCCCGAUCCAUUACCUCAGAGUUCCCCUAUUCGCAGGCAAAGUAGACUUUAGGCUAUGGGAAGAAGUAGUUAAUAAAUGCAGAGCCAAAACAGACCUAUGGAAGAAUAAGUGGCUUUCGCAGGGCUCCUCAAAAGGCAUUGUCGACAAUGGAUGGCCUAUUAAAAAGGUUCAUCUAGGAAGGGGCGAAGGAUGGAAAAACGAUCCCGUUAUUAAAUUGGGAAAUAGUCUACAUGCUCAAAAUGGAAGGUGGAGCGGGUCUAAGGAAGAUGAACUUGCAGAAUUUGGCGCUGGGGGCAAAGCUGGCUUGGAAGAUGUACAAUAG